UCGCUAUAAACGAAUUCUUUAUUUUUUUUGUUUUUAUAACUAUGACAUUGGAAUAAACAAAUAUGUAUGAUAACACUUGUUGACUGAAAGACGCCGGCGCGCCGAUAAUGCAUACUAUCGCACAACAAAGAACACAUACGCUGGAAAAAUGUAUACAUAUACAUAUAAGACCCUUAAUCGGAGUAAAUCAGCAAUAAGUUACAUAAGGUCAAUAUGUCGAUGAAAUAGAUAACAUGAAUUGACAACGUCAACGUGUUAGAAGUAACCGUUUGUAUAAAACGUGACAUACAAUUGAAAAUACAAGUGUUCUCUCAUUGACAGUCUGUAGUCUUGAAGUAAGUGUCACCAGUCAGCACACGCGGUAUUGACAUUUUAUUGCAGAAAUUAUUAUUAACUGAAGAUUGUUAUUUAUUUGCUGGCACAAUGUUCCACAGUGUAUCUAUAACACAAAAGUACACUUCAUCCCAUGCAUUGACAUUGACUAGAACAAUGCAUCUUCUAAAAGAUCUUGCGUACGUAAAUGGCAAAUGGAUAGGAGCAAGCAGUAAACAAAUAUUUCCUGUCCAUAAUCCAGUUGACAAAUCUGUUAUUAACAAUGUACCUGAUAUGGAUGUCCAAGACACAAAAGUAGCUAUUGAAGCAGCAUCGAAAGCUUUUGAAUCAUUUCGUACAACAAGUGCAAAAGAACGAAGUCAUUUGCUUAGAAAUUGGUAUGAUUUAAUGGUGAAAUACUCAAAGGAUUUGGCACAAAUUUUGACCAAAGAGAAUGGAAAAUCUUUGGCUGAGGCUAAAGGUGAAAUUAUAUAUGGAAACUCUUUUGUUGAAUGGUUCUCAGAAGAAGCUAGAAGGGUUGAUGGAGAAGUAUUACAAGGAGGAGAUCCCAAUAAGCACCUAUUUUUAUUGAAACAACCUGUGGGGGUUGCUGCUUUAAUUACGCCAUGGAAUUUCCCUCAUGCUAUGAUUACCCGGAAGGCAGGAGCUGCCUUAUCUGUUGGAUGCACAUGUGUAGUGAAACCAUCUGAAGAUACACCACUUACUGCCUUAGCAUUGGCUGAACUUGCAGAGAAAGCAGGAUUCCCACAUGGAACCUUUAAUGUGCUCACAACAAGCGAAAAAAAUUCACCAAAUGUUGGUAAAGAACUAUGUGAGAAUCCCAAAGUAAGAGUGCUAUCAUUUACUGGUUCAACACCAGUAGGAAAAAUUUUAUACAAACAGUGCGCUUCAUCUAUGAAGCGACUCAGUCUUGAAUUAGGAGGUAAUGCACCAUUUAUUAUUUUCAAUUCAGCAAAUUUAGAUUUAGCUAUAACAGGUGCUAUGGCAAGUAAAUUCCGUAAUACUGGUCAAACAUGUGUCUCUGCAAAUAGAUUCUUUGUACAAGCAGGUGUAUUUGAUCAAUUUGUUGAAAAGUUUUUAGCAAAGAUUAAAAGUGAUAUUAAAUUGGGAGAUGGUAGUAAGGAAGGCGUUACCCAUGGUCCUCUUACUAAAGACAAUCAGUUAAAAAUUGUACACAGAUUAGUUACUGAUGCAGUAAAAAAAGGAGCAAAAGUACAUUGUGGUGGUACACCAUUAACUGAAAUAGGACCACUGUUUUAUUCUCCUACUCUUAUUACAAAUGUAAACGAGGACAUGGAAAUAUAUAACAAAGAAAUUUUUGGUCCAGUAGCAGUAAUUAAUAAAUUUAAUUCUGAGGAAGAAGUUAUACAAAAAGCUAAUAAUACAGCUGUUGGUUUAGCUGGAUACUUUUAUUCAGGUGAUGUACCACAAAUAUUUAGAGUAGCCAAAGCAUUAGAAGUUGGAAUGAUUGGUGUGAAUGAAGGUUUGAUUUCCUGUGCUGAAGCUGCCUUUGGUGGGGUAAAAGAAUCAGGUAUAGGUAGAGAAGGUUCUAGACAUGGAGUUCACGAUUAUGUUGAUAUUAAAUAUGUAUGUAUUGGAAACAUUAAGCAGUAAUGAUUACUUUUAAAAAAUAUUCAAACUAAUAGCAACAUAUAUUUGUAGCAAAAUUGUUGAAGGAGAUCAAAUAUUUUGUAUAAUACUUUAUUUAUAGGAUAUUUUAGAUUGAAAUAGUAGUAUUAUAUUCAUUGAAAAUAGUACAUGUACGUAUAUGUAGAAAAGGUUCUA